AUGACGUGGAGGUCGGUGGCCAAGUCUCUGCAACCUCUUCUUGCCCAUGCCUCGCUUUUCACAUUCACGAUUUUCCUCGUCCUUAAACUCCACCAUGCCGUGCGGUACCAUUGGUGGAUCAUAUUUUCCCCUCUGUGGCUUUUCCAUGCAGUUGUAGCACGAGGCAGAUUUUCGUUACCUGCUCCAAAGCUGCCUAAUGAUCGCAACUGGGCACCUUUUCAUGCUGUCAUGGCGACACCGUUGCUUGUCGCAUUUGAACUAAUGCUUUGUAUCUAUCUUGAGAGCAGAUAUGUUGUAAGCUUGAAGAUUGUCUUUGCACCUUUGGUGGCGUUGGAACUCGCAAUUCUAUUUGAUAAUAUCAGGAUGUGUAAGGCUCUAAUGCCUAGUGAUGAUGAGCAUGUGAGUGAUGAUGUGAUAUGGGAAACGCUUCCUCACUUCUGGAUCUCUAUAUCCAUGGUCUUCCUUACUGCUGCCACAAUAUUUACUCUUCUAAAGAUAAAUGGUGAUAUUUCUGUUUUAGGCUGGUGGGACUUGUUUAUUAACUUUGGAAUUGCAGAGUGUUUUGCCUUUCUUGUUUGCACAAAGUGGUAUAAUCCAGCUAUUCACAGACAUGCUCACAUUCAAGAACCAUGUUCACCUUCAAUGACUAUAAGAUACCUUGACUGGAAUAGUGGCUUAGUAGUUUCUUCAGAUGAAGAUCAAGACGAGAGUGCAGUAUGCAGCCUGCAGGAUAUUGGUGGACAUAUUAUGAAAAUUCCUCUAAUCUGUUUCCAGAUCCUACUCUUUAUGCACUUAGAGGGAAGACCCUCUGUUGCUAGGCAUAUCUCAAUUCCUGUUCUUUUCACUCCUCUUCUUUUACUGCAAGGAGCCGGUGUUUUAUUUGCUGCAUAUAGAUUAACAGAGAAAAUUCUUCUUUUAGUACAUAAUGGAGUUUUUUCUGGAAGAUACUUGGACAUAACAUCAAAAGUUCGUGAGUAUUUUGGGUUCUUUCGCCAUGGUUCAAGGUUUUUGGGUUGGUGGUCGAUUGACGAAGGAAGUCGAGAGGAACAGGCUAGACUGUAUUGUGCAGGGGCUUCAGGGUAUGACACUUUUUCACCUGAUAUAGUGAAGAAGUUGCCUAGAUCGGACCUUGUUCAGGAGAUUUGGAAACUGCAAGCUGCACUCAGUGAGCAAACAGAAAUCACGAAAUUUAGCCAGCAGGAGUAUGAAAGACUUCAGAAUUCAACCACAUCAAACAAUUGGGUUAGCUACAUGAUUCCUUCUGUGAUAGAGUCGUGA